AUGGAGGGGUAUACAUCAGAAUUAUGGGACUUCACUUGUAUCAACGUAACUCAGAAUAAUCUCCAAGAGUUGAAAGAAAUUUGGGCUCAAUGGGAUGAUGAGGUCAGACAGUUGUUUUACUGCAAUUAUGGUGAUUUGCCCUACUUGCUCGACAUCAAGGUGGAUGAGCAUUUAUUUCGAGCUCUGGCCCAAUUUUGGAAUUCUGCUUAUAGCUGCUUCACCUUUGGGGAGGUAGACAAUGUGCCUACUGUGGAGGAGUAUACAGCUUUACUUCGUUGUCCGAGAAUCCAAGUAGAUAAAGUUUAUUCUAGAACUGCCAAUGCUCUCACUUUUACAAAGAAGUUAGCAAAAAUCACCGGAAUGAGCGAGCAAUGGGUCACGGCACGAACUAAACAAAAAGGAGAAAAUAAAUGUAUCCCUUGGAAAAGUUUGCGAGGUCAGAUUCUGGCACACCCUGAUACAAAGAAGAAAGUCGAUGUUUUUGCUUUGAGUAUCUAUGGGCUGGUUAUUUUCCCCAAGGCGUUAGGACACAUUGACGAAGCAGUUACAGAUUUGUUCGAUCAACUUGAUAGGAGGGUUACACCUAUCCCAGUAAUUUUGGCUGAAACGUUCAGAUGUUUGAGUGCGUGUCGGAGAACAGGUGAGGGAAGAUUCAUUGGUUGUGCACAGCUCCUGUUAGUUUGGUUCCACAAUCACUUUUGGAAGGUAGACAAGGUUUCUUACAAGGUAUUCUCUGAAAAGUAUUCUCUUUUGAAAGACUUAGUAGUGACACCAAGACGUGACGACAUUACUGGAGAAAGAUGGAUGGCGAUCCUUCAAAAUCUCCGAGAUGAGGAUGUUGAAUGGAAAGCUCCUUGGAUGGUGCCUGACGAGAUUUUGUACCGAUGUGGAGACUUCGAUUGGGUUCUUUUACUCGAAAUUUGGGGAGCUGUCAGAUAUACCCCUCUGCUCAUAUUAAGACAAUACAGAUCAAGACAGUUCAUACCAGUAACGCAAGGACUGGCCGAGUGCGAGUUUUCUUAUAGGGGUAAUAACUACAAAGGAAAGAUUCGAGAAAUAUCCAAUGCUUGGAAACAAACUCACCAGAUGAAAAGAUUCACCGUUGGGGCAAUGAUAACUCCUGAAUAUCAUGGGUGGCAGAGUAAGAGGAUUAACGACAAUAUUCCCGAGCCGAGUCGCGAAGGUAGUCAGUCGAUAGAGGAGCAUUUACUCGUCGUCCCUUCUCAACUAGAAAUUUUAAAGCAAGAUUUUGAAAGAAGAAAUGCAGAGUUGGAAAAGCAGAUAGAGCGAAUAGAGGAAGAAAAAAUGAACUUAAGGUUGGAUGCAGAUGUCCAGAAGCUCGAGGCGGAACGAUUAAGAGAAGGGAAAGCUAGGGCUGAAGAAGACCUAGAGAGUUUGAAAACAGAUUACAAGAAGUUGCGAUUAUCAAUGAGGACUGCCUGGUUCCAAGAAGUUCAAGCACAGAACGAGAUUCUAAAGAGGGGUUUAUCAGAAAAUCAAAAGGAAAAAGGGGAACUAGAGAAUAGAGUGGCUGAAUUAGAAGAAUCACUCCAUCGGCAUCGGAAUCAGAAUUCUGUGGUGGAAUUAAAGGCAAGCUUAAAUAUAAUUGAAGAAAUGAAAGAAAGAAUUGAAGAGUUAGAAGCAACAUUGCAAAAUUGCGAGAUUCGGAUCAAGUAUUUGGAAGCCAAUAAAGACCGUCAAAAGGAGCAGUUGCACUACUUUCAGAACCAAGUUAGAGAUAGAGAUCACAUUAUGGGAGAAGCCGUGGCUGAAAUUUGA